CCCAUCCGUGUCACGUAUUACCUUUAAGGGUAACGUAAUCGACAAACGCUUCCAAGGUGCAGAGGACUUUUUGAUAGGGAAGGGAAUAACGAAAAAAACUUUUCAUUAAGUUAAAACGGUCAAUAUCCUUAGCAAAUAUGCAAGUCAAUCAAGAUGCAGCAGACACUGUUCCAUUACAGCCAAAUGAAGGUCUACCCUUACCACAACCAGGACCAGAAAUGGUAUAUAACAGAAAUCCAGAUGUAGAUCCAGAGGAACCUGCUGUGAACAGAAGUGAUCUGGAAGCUUUGGAAUACAAGACCUGUGACCAACCUGGUUACGCUGUGGUAAUCAACAACAGGGCAUUUAAUGGACGGGGAUUGCAUGACCGAAGCGGAACUGAUAGGGAUGCAUCCAAUUUGAUAAAUAGGUUUGACGAGUUUGGUUACCAUACCGUACAUUUAGUUGACAUGUCCAAAGAGGAGCUGAUGGCAGAGUUGAGAAGAAUUGCAAGCCUGGACCACAAAGAUCAUUCUGCCUUUUUCUGUGCCAUUUUGACACAUGGCAACAAAGAUGGCUUAUGGGCAACAGAUAGCCAGAUGAAACUGACUGACUUGACAGACAUUUUUGAUGCUGAAAACUGUCAAACCCUACUGAAUAAACCAAAGGUCUUUAUUGUACAGGCCUGUAGGGGAGAUGAGGAGGGCAAACCUGUAGUGAUACGUGUACUGAAUGAGGACCGGGUGGUGGCUGACGCUCUUCCCAAUGAGCCAGUGGAUAUGGAAAUACCCGAGGAGCCUGUCGAGCCUACCUCUGUCGACAUCCUCACCAUACCAGCCAACAUGGAUUUCCUUUUUAUCCAUGCAACUGUAGAAGGUAAAAAGGCAUGGAGGAACACAGCGAGUGGGACACCUUUUAUUGGAAAGUUCUGUGAUGAACUGCAAACCCUGCUCAAUGGUCAAGGCCAAGUGGAUAUUUACACACUGCUUAAUUGUGUCAAUCGCGAAGUCGCAUUAAAGUUCCAGGCCCAAGAGGGCGGUAAACAGAUGCCUUGCUUUGUUUCAACCUUGACCAAAACCUUCAAAUUGAAGGUUCCGCAGUGAACAUGAGUCGGGGAACAGUCGACAUACCAAUCCAGAUGAAUCUGUAUUUAUCACUAUUUGUGAUUUAGAUGACCUUGUAUGUCUUACACUUAAACGGACUGUAUAAUGAAGUUGGGUGUUUUUCUGCCCCGCCACAAAAUGGGAGGGGGCACAAUAUGAGAUUUUGAACAGUUAAAAAAUGGUGGUAAUUAAUAUCUUCCUUGCUUUUCUGGUAGUUUGUCACUUUGUAACCAGUUAAAGUUAAUAUGACAAUUAAUUAUUACUCAAGAUAUUGAGCAAACACCGCUGGUUCAUGUGAAAACAUAAAACGUACCAUCUUUUGACGGAUGUAUCAAAAGAUAAACGGUAGUUUUCAUGUACAUGAUUACAAGUCAGUUUUUCACCUAUAAAACUGCUUAAAACAUAAGAAUACAAUGGAUUUAAGAAAUUUAUAAUGCAAAAAUAGACCAGCGCAUUUUAUUAUUUAGCUGUGCUCAGAUUGUUGAACGUCUAGUAACGCCUAAAUUUCAACAGCUUAAAAGCCUCUGUGUACAUUGUGUAUAAUUUCAGUACAUCAGUUUGCAUUACACUAUAAACUGUACACAUUCAAUGAUCAGGAAAAGCGUAAAUACAUGAAGCCGUUAUUUCUAGGGCAGCUAUAUAUAAAAUAAUCAUUAUGAUCAAUAUCAUGCGGAAGAUAUAAUGAUAAGUAUGUUACGCCAUUUUUAACCGAUCAAAAAAAAACACCAAGCAUUCAAUCUGUAUUAGACGUAUACCUCUAAAAUUAGAUCCCCCUUUCAGUGCACAUGUGUCAUUGGAGUAGAGCAUAUUAAUAAAAAUGUACGAACAGUUGACUCUCUUCUAGACCAUGCCUACAGUGAGACUUUCCGAGAUUUCGACAUCAUUCUCAAUUCCCAACACUGAUAUACUAGUGGUUGCAUCUCAUAUGACCAUUUAUAGAAUGUUCCAUAAUAUUCCAUAAAUGGCCAAGCGAGGUUAUAGUCCUAUUUAGGAGGUUAUGGUCCUAUAUGGGGUAAUAGUCAUAUAGGGGGUUAUAGUCCUAUAUGGGGUAAUAGUCCUAUAGUGGGUUAUAGUCCUAAAGCGGGUUAUAGUCCUAUAGGGGGUUAUAGUCCUAUAGGGGGUUAUAGUCCUUUAUGAGGUUAUAGUCCAAUAUGGGGUAAUAGUCAUAUAGGGGGUUAUAGUCCUAUAGCCGGUUAUAGUCCUAUAGGGGGUUAUAGUCCUUUGACGAUGUGCUAAUGCUCAAGACUGCUCAGAAAAUUUAGAAAUACCAAAUAUUUGAAGUAUUCUGUAUAAAAGUUUAAGUAUAAAACUGUAAAAAUAGUUUUGUUUAUCGGUAAACAAACUUAUAACAUUGACCACUACAACGCUUGACUUGUUUGUAAAGAGGAUUUGACAUUUUCAUACCAGGUUAAAAUGGUGGUUGAGAGGAGUUCAAGUCCUGACCAUUGCUAUUUAUCAUGUUAAGGUGUCUCUUGUUAAUUCAUUUUCAAAUUUUAAAUAGAAGAGCUAACAAUAGCUCUGUAUUUAAAUCUAAUUAACUUGAGUUUUGAUAAACAGUGAUUAUUAGUGCCAUCUCCAUUGAUAAAUGAGUAGUGUCCAGAGCAGACUCUGGUUAGUUACCUUCUUCGAUCCUUCCAUACCUUAGAAGUUUGGGGUCUAUUAAAAACCAUUAAAAUUAAAUAUCAUAUAAUACAGCUAUUAGAUUAGUUUCUAGGUGUUUUAAUCAAUUUAGAAAAUUGAUAUCAUGGGCAAAGGGUGAAAGUUUGACUGGGCGAAUAUUUCUCGCACCUCAGACAGAGAUAUCCCAUGUCAUACCCCAUGCUAGAUUUUUCUAUCUCGUCCGAUCUGUCUUGCACCUUUACAAGAUUAAUUUUGCAGAAUUUUUACACUGUGAUGUAUUCAUCCGCGCUUUAACUGCUUGAAAUAGACAAUCUGCAUCAUAAAUGUUCUGUUUUGUUAUAUGUAUAGUUUUGAUGUUGUUAGAUAUUUGAUGUUGUAGAUAAAAUAUAAUCUACACUGUGAAAUAUGUUGUCAUCUAUGUAAGAACGGACUACAUUUUUACGCGAACGCAUUCAAAUGUAGCUUAAGUAGUGAAAAGGUGAUUAUCAUUUGAGGCCCCAGACGGGAUACUUGAAGUUUUUAGCAAAAUUGAUAUACAGGAUCUCAAUGACGUUCAGUGUUCAACAUCACAAUCAGCUGUUAUGUACAGGAUCUCAAUGAUGUUCAGUGUUCAACAUCACAAUCAGCUGUUAUGUACAGGAUCUCAAUGAUGUUCAGUGUUCAACAUCACAAUCAGCUGUUAUGUACAGGAUCUCCAUGAUGUUCAGUGUUCAACAUCACAAUCAGCUGUUAUGUACAGGAUCUCCAUGAUGUUCAGUGUUCAACAUUAUUACUAACUCUCAUUAGUUAAUUUUAAAAUUAUAAAAGACACUCGGUAAACCUCGUGUCUUUAUACAAUUUGAAAAUUAACUAACUCGAGUUAGAUAAACAUGAUAACCCACCAUUACUCAUUGGGGAACCUUUAUGUAUAUACCACUAUGUCUUUAAACAUCUCUGAGUGAUACAACCAGUUUUCAGACUCUACAAUUUAAACAUGCUGUAUUACCGUAGUACCUGAAAAUAGGAUUUUUUGACAGGAACUAUCAGUUUUAUCUAUCGAUUAAAUUUACAGAUGAAACAUGAGUGAGUUCCUAAUAAUUUGUUGAUUUUUUAUGAUAUGGUAAUGUGCCUGCAGUAUUUUGUUCUUAUUGGGGUUUUUUCUCCCAAAAACUGACCAAUCAAAGACCAGGACUCUAGUCCAGCAGCAAUCUACUAGGUCAGGAGUUUAUUGAAAUACAUCAUUAUUUUUUAAAUUUGUUAAUUAUGCAGGAUUUUAUGAAUGAUACUGUAAAUAAAGUUUUUAUCACAUAA